GGCGAAGAAACGUCCCCACACAAACCCUAAAAAUGGGAAUCGCAAAUAAAAAAUAAACCGUAAAUGAAGUAUAGACGCGUAUACACAUGAAGAGAUGGUAUAGAAUUAUUAUAUAGCAAGCAUAAAAAGAACCGAAAUUCCUUUUCUUUUUUCUCGUUAAAGAAGCAUUUAUUUCCCUUUAAUUUGUCUUUGUUCUCCAUCUCUCUUCUCACUUUCCUUUUUGAUUUUGUGCUCUCUUCGCGUUUCUCUUUGGUCGUCUUGCUUCCUCUCUUUCGUUUUGCCUUUCUUUUUUUUUGAUUCCCCCACCAAGUUUUUUUGCUGGAGUUCUUUCCAUUAAAGAUCCAUCAAACUUUAUUAAAGAAGGAAGAAGAAAGAGAUAAAAAAAAAGGGUAGAAGGAACAAUGGCUUUCCCAUCUAAUUGGUCACAGCCUACGAAUUCGAAUCAUCAGCAUCAUCUUCAACACCAGCUUAACGAAAAUGGAAGUAUAAUAAGUGGCCACGGACUAGUACUCUCUCACCAACUUCCACCUCUCCAAGCAAACCCUAACCCUAACCACCACCAUGUCGCUACCUCUGCUGGUCUUCCGUCAAGGAUGGGUGGAUCGAUGGCGGAGAGAGCAAGGCAGGCCAACAUUCCUCCACUAGCGGGACCCCUAAAGUGUCCUCGAUGCGACUCCAGCAACACUAAGUUCUGUUACUACAACAACUAUAACCUCACUCAGCCUCGUCACUUCUGCAAAGGUUGCCGUCGCUACUGGACACAAGGGGGCGCCCUGAGAAACGUCCCUGUAGGUGGAGGCUGCCGGAGGAAUAACAAGAAGGGCAAAAAUGGAAAUUUAAAAUCUUCUUCUUCUUCGUCCAAACAGUCUUCCUCGGUCAACGCUCAAAGUCCUAGCUCAGGACAGCUAAGGACAAAUCAUCAGUUCCCUUUUUCACCAACUCUUUACAAUCUCACUCAACUCGGAGGUAUUGGUUUGAACUUAGCCGCUACUAAUGGCAACAACCAAGCUCACCAGAUCGGUUCCAGUUUGAUGAUGAGCGAUCUAGGGUUUCUCCAUGGACGAAAUACUUCAACUCCGAUGACGGGAAACAUUCAUGAAAACAACAACAAUAAUAACAAUGAAAACAACCUAAUGGCAUCCGUUGGAUCUUUGAGCCCCUUUGCUCUCUUCGAUCCAACGACGGGGCUAUACGCUUUCCAGAACGACGGUAAUAUCGGGAACAACGUUGGGAUAUCUGGUUCUUCUACUUCCAUGGUUGAUUCUAGGGUUUAUCAGACGCCUCCGGUGAAGAUGGAAGAACAACCUAAUUUGGCUAACUUGUCUAGACCGGUCUCCGGUUUGACGUCUCCUGGGAAUCAAACAAAUCAGUACUUUUGGCCUGGUUCGGAUUUCUCGGGUCCUUCUAAUGAUCUCUUGUGAGAUUUUUGUGUGUUUUGUCGGAUCAUUAACGUAUGUUACGACUUACGACGUGGAGAUUGAUUAAAAGGACUACCAACGGUCAGGAUUAACUGCAUGCAUAGUCUGUGCUCAAGACGAUGAUCGUGGAGAAGUACAAGGACAAACUAAAAGGUAUCUUAAUUAGAGAUUGUGGUUUUACAACUUAAAUUCGAUACUUAUUUAUAUAAUCAGGUGUGUCAUAUAAUUUGUUUGUAUUGCGUGAUUUCAUGGUUGAUCUGAUUUCUCAAGUUGCUAUAUAUGCCUCAAUACAUGUGUGUAACAGUCCAAUUUGUAUACUCUUUAGACUGAAUUUUAUCGAAUAUAUAAUAUUUUUCAGUUUGUUCUAGUCAUACUCAAUUUCCGUUUAUAAUUUGCCUUACCAAACCAAGUGGUGCAUUACUAAUUAUUUAUCGUUUAUUUACUGUUCUUAUGUCUAUAUAUAAAUUAAAGCCAAGGAUAGUUGAUAAAGUAAAAGGGUUGUUGCUGACAAAGGAACUUGAUCAUAGAAUUCCGCGUCUCUCUGAAUGCUGCGUUUUUAAACUCCCAAAAUAUAAAAAAUUCUCAUAUUUUUAGGAGCUUCUUUUUCUUUUACAGUCAUCUUGUACGAAUCUGUGUGUCAGUGUGUCUGUGUGAAUGCAUGAUCCUCUAUAAAUUUUCCUUAAUUAUGUAUGCAAACAUGUUUAUGUUUACACGUAGACAUUAUUAAAUCAAGAAUAAAACUUUCUGCAUGGAUUGAAGCAUACUUACGUAUCUUUUCUUAAGACUAUUUAAGCAAACAGUAUACUUGCUAAGCAGAUCUAUGAAAUGUUUAUAUACACAGUAAACAAAACAAGCCAAAACCAACCUAUUUUAUAGAUUAUAUUGUCGCAACUAUAUAUUUUAUUAUUUGCAUUGCACAGUUUGGUUUACUUCUGAUUACUAAUUUUCUGCAGUGAGUAUGACGAGUAUCUAUUGGUUUUAAUCCCUCAGUGAGUACGUAGUAGAGCUAAUGUGACAACUGACAACUUUGGCGUCUGAUUGAUUAUGUGCAAUUUAACAAAUUUAUAUGGAAGAAAACGUAGCUUUAGUUGUGUUGGUAGUUUGCAAUGAAAACAAUAAUUUUCCAAUGAUAUAACAUAAUACGUUAGGAAAAGGUGGAAUGAAUAUAAUGGAGAAAACGUUAAAGAAAAGAUUGACACGGAAAACAAUGCAGGCAUAGAUUUGUAUAUCCUUGCCCCCAAGUACUUUUUGUGUUAGUCCCACUUUUUAACGGUAGGGUUAAAAUCAUUUGAAAUGCUUUUUUGACUGUACUUUGUUUUUACUUUUUCUUUCUUACUUACGACUUUCUGUUUUCUCUUUUUACCUGACUAAAUAAUGCUAAUGCUACAUGAUAUGUGAUCGCAUAAGUUGAUAACAUCUUACCAAACAAUAUUAGCUUGAUAAAAAAAAUAUGAUUCUAUGGCAAUUCGAAAAUGGUCUAUUUGCAUGUGGGAGAAAAACGUCAAUUAGUGAAAAUAAUGGUGAUGGUGUUGAUUUCAAACACAUCGUUAAAAUAAAGAAAAAUUUGCUUAUAUUGGAGAGUUGAAGGAAUUAUGGAGAUUUAAUGAGAUGGAAGUAUCAGUUGAGAUCACUGUUGUUAAUUCGUGUUGUAGUCAGUGUGAUCGUGAGUGUUGAAGGCC